AUGAUGGCUUCAACAGCGCCUUGUGAACAUUCACAACGCCCAAUCGCCAUUCGAACACCCACAACCGACUUUGUAUGUCAAAACCAUCUUCGUACAUUUGAAAUAUCAUUACUUAGUCAACUAUAUCCAUUAGCCGAUAAUAUACAAGAACUUUCAAACAAAUUACAACAUGCCAAUAUUUGGAAAUUAAGUCAAAAUCCAUUAGAAAUUCUUGAACAAUGGAAGAAUGAAUGUCAUAAUAUUAUCAAUGAACUUUACAAACGAAAAGUAAAAGAAAUUCAACUGUACAGUCAAAAAUUUGAAAAGCAAAUUUUAGAAACUAUAAUUAAACAACAAAAUCGAAUUGAUAACAUUCAACAAAGAAUUUCACAAUUGACAAAUGAUGGAUAUGUAACGAAACAACAAUUGUCAAUAGUAAAACAACGAAUUCAAGAGGUAGAAGCGAAUAUAAAUCAAUUAAAAAAAGGACAUAUUUUGAUCGAAACAAAGCCGUUCCUCGCUGACGAACUAAUCUCUGUUAGUUUUCAAGAAUAUCCAUUGAUGACUACUAAUUAUCAGAAAGAAAUAAGAAGUUCGAAAAACUCGCUCGAUCUACAGUUGAAAGAUUGCAGAUUAUGUAUAGAUAAACGUCUCAGGGCUGAAAAUUGCUACAAAGUUUGGAAAGAAAAUGCUGACAAAAUCGCUCGGGCGAUCCAUCAAAAAGAACAAAAAGAAAAAAAAGAGAAAGAACAAAAACAAAUUCAAAACAACAACGAACGAAAGUUUGAGGCUCAAAGAAGUUUCGACCGUUGGUUAAGGGAUAAACAAUAA